UGCACGGCGUGUCCGUUUUCAACACUGCCAAGCGGAGGCAGACGGCUUAACACAAAAAAGACUCGGCUCCCUCGCGGAAACUCGUUUUGUUUAGCAAACUAAAUAUAAAACAAACCCCUAAAGCAACUGAAGAAGCCAUCUGCGGUUUAUUCCUACCAAGCAGCUUCCUGUUAGUAAGGGUGUUUGCUUCCUGACCCAUACGUGAUUAUACGUGCAUCCUCCUAACUAUUCUGCUGUUGUGUUUAUAGCUUUGUACAGGUUGAUACAUUUAUUUUAUUUUCUUGCUAUUUUCAUGAACAUAUUCGUGCGUAGCCUAUACACACUCAGUGCGUGUAACUAAAUGAAUUAGGAUUGAUUCGUUAAACAGAAGACUAGAUGCAGUACUUUGCUAUGUUCAAGAGGUGCCAAGAAAGAAGACAACUUUUCAACUGGACUACACUUUGCUUCAACUUGUAGGGAGAGUCGCCGAACGAACACCGCCAGGAUUAAUCAGCAAGCUGCGUGUCCCGGUCAUUCUUAAACGAGGCUCCGAAAGCUCUCUUUUCUGAUUGGCUGCUGCUGGAAUAAAAAAAAUGAAUGUGAGCCACGGGAAACGAGUCAGAGAUUGAGAGAGAGUUAGGGGGUGGUGGUGGUGGGGGGGGAUAAAGACUCCCGACUUCAAGAUUUAAAAACUCGAGGACGUUAAAGAGGAAUUCUCACAUUUGUUUCCAAGCAAAGUGGGAGAAUGGCGCACCGUGCCGACGUGGGAUUGCUGAGUGCACUCGUCAAGCCCGUCCCAUGCAGGACACCCCAGGAUUUGGAGCUGGUUUAUUAUUUUCUACACGGCUUGGAGUCCCUGUCCCACCUCCGUGAGCAUCAACUUCGAUUAUUGAGCCGAACUGCACACUACCAGAAGGUGGAUGUCGGUUGCCUUGUGUUCUCGGCAUACGACGUCAGCACAAGUUGGUACGUGCUGGUGGUCGGCUCAGUCUUCAUUCACGGGGCCAUGUUUUUCCCGAGAAGCAGUUUUGGACGACAGAGGCCGGGCAGUCAGAGGGGCCAUGAUUGCAUCGUUCUGGAGCCAUCAGAGCUAAUUGUGCUGGAUUUCAUGGAUGAGCAUGAGGAGUUUCAGCGCCAGGCCUCCUUCCGGCAGUCUCGCCGGCGCUUCAAGAGGAUCACGCACGACGGCGCCAGGCAGACGGUGACGGACUGCCCCGGCGAGCCGCCCGAGGCCAAGCCACCGGUGCCCCUGCCGAGCGUCCACUACGUCCCGCACGCCCCCGCACAGAGGCUGUACUCCACGCUUCCCGCCGACCUGCAGAAGAUGCAGCUGAGCGAGAGCUUGCACCACCAGCACAUGGCGCGCGUGUCGGCGAGCCAGUCCGGGUGCAGCAUCGGCAGUGACUCUGGCAGCAGCCUCUCCGAUAUCUACCAGGCCACGGAGAGCGACCCUGGCGACAUGGACCUCACGGGGCUGCCCGAGGGUCUGGUGGACUCGGAGGACGACGAGGAGGAAGACGAGGAUGAGAUCGAACGCUCCGGCGAGGCUCUGCCGAGCCACGACUUUGUGCGCGACUGCCUCGAGAAGGAGCCCAACGACCGCACGGACGAUGAUAUCGAGCAGAUGCUGGAGUUCAUGCACCAGCUGCCCGCCUUCGCCAACAUGACCAUGUCGGUGCGACGCGAGCUCUGCGCUGUCAUGGAGUUUGCGGUGGUGGAGCACGCCGGCACCGUCGUGUUGAACCACGGCGAGGAGCUGGACUCGUGGUCGGUGAUCCUGAACGGCUCGGUGGAGAUCACCAACUUUGACGGGCGUACGGAGACGCUGUACAUGGGCAACAGCUUUGGAGUGUCUCCUACUGAGCAUACAGAAGUCAUGGUCGGGGUCAUGAAAACAAAGACCGAUGACUGCCAGUUUGUGUGCAUAGCACAGCAGGACUACUGCCGCAUCCUGAACCAGGUGGAGAGGAACAUGCAGAAGGUGGAGGAGGAGGGAGAGAUCGUCAUGGUGAAGGAGCACCGAGAGCUCGACCGCACUGGCACUCGCAAGGGGCACAUCGUCAUCAAGGGUACGAUGGAGCGGCUGCUCACCCACUUGGUGGAGGAGCACUCUGUGGUCGACCCCACGUACGUGGAGGACUUCCUCCUCACCUAUCGCACCUUCCUGCCCGGCGCCAAGCACGUGGGCGAAAAGCUGCUCGAGUGGUUCGGCGACACGAGCCUCCGGGACAAGGUGACCAGAGUGGUUCUCCUGUGGGUGAACAAUCACUUCAACGACUUCGAAGGGGACCCGGAGAUGACUCAGUUCCUGGAGAAGUUCAAGGAUGGCCUGGAGAGAGAGAAGAUGCAGGGCCACCUGCGCCUGUUGAACAUCGCCUGCGCCGCCAAGGCCAAGAGACGCUCGCUGACGCUGACCCGGCCCGGCCGCGACGAGCCUCUGCCCUUCGCGCUGACGGGCGGCAGCGAGCGGGGGUUCGGCGUGUUCGUGGAGAGCGUGCAGGCCGGCAGCCGGGCUGACGAGGCCGGGCUUGGACGCGGGGACCAGAUCCUGGAAGUGAACGGGCAGAACUUUGAGAACAUCCAGCUGUCGAAGGCGCUGGAAAUCCUGCAGCACAACACCCACCUGUCCAUCUCCGUCAAAACCAACCUCAUGGUGUUCAAGGAGCUACAGAACUGGACGGGCGACGAGCCCGGCUCCUUGAAUUUCGCCGGCCGUUGCGGCGCUGCCACCGCCGCCCCCUCCUCCUCCUCCUCGGGCGCCGCAGCCGCUGCAGCCGCGCUGUCGUACGAGUCUCACCGGCCCAGGAUCGUGGACGGCGGUAACGCGGUGCGUCUCUCGGUGCCCGAUCUGGCCAUACCGCACGAGCUCAGCAUCCCCGUCGAGAAGUUCAAGGGCAAGGGCAAGGCGAGCACGGUGAGCGGCCGAUCGCGGCUGAGGAAGUUCGUCAACAAGACCUUCAGCAUCCUGCCCACCAAGCCGUACGGCAGCGGCAGCACCGAGGUGAAGAUCGGCCAGUCGCAGGACGACAGCAUUGUGGGCCUCAAGCCGCCCGUGUGCGGCACGUCCACGUGGAUGCUGCGCGGCUCCCUCUCCUCCAGCAACCCCGACCUCCUGCAGUGCCACCGGCUCAUGGACUUCACCGCGCCUCCCGACGUCCACGACCAGGUGCUGCGCAUUUUCAAGGCGGACCAGUCGAGCCGCUACAUCGUGAUCGGGCGCGAGACAACCGCGCGCGAGGUCGUCACGCUGGCGCUGCAGGAGUUCACGCUGACGGGGCCUCCCGACUCCUUCUCUCUGUGCGAGGUGUCGGCCGCGCCCGACGGAGUCACGCGCCAGCGCCGGCUGCCCGACCAGCUCUCCCGGCUAGCCGAGCGCAUCCAGCUGAGCGCCAGGUACUACCUGAAGAACAACAUGGAGACGGAGACGCUGUGCUCGGACGAGAACGCGCAGGAGCUGCUGCGCGAGGGCCAAGUGUCCCUGCUGCAGCUGAGCACGGUGGAGGUGGCGGCGCAGGUGUCGAUGGGCGACUUCGAGCUGUUCCGCACCAUCGAGCCCACCGAGUACGUGGACGACCUCUUCAAGCUGCGCUCGCGCACGGGCACGCGCGCCCUCAAGCUCUUCGAGGGCGCCCUCAACCAGGAGACGUUCUGGGUGGCGUCCGAGGUGCUCGCCGAGCCGGGCCAGAUCAAGCGCGUCAAGGUGCUCAAGCACUUCAUCAAGAUCGCGCUGCACUGCCGCGAGUGCAAGAACUUCAACUCCAUGUUCGCCAUCAUCAGUGGCCUCAGCCACAGCUCGGUGGCCCGACUCAACGGGACGUGGGAGAAGCUUCCGACCAAGUACGAGAGCCUCUACCGCGAGCUGCAGGACCUGUUCGACCCGUCGCGAAACAUGGCCAAGUACCGCAACGUGCUGAGCAGCCAGAGUCUGCAGCCACCCCUCAUCCCGCUCUUCCCCGUUGUCAAGAAGGACCUCACCUUCCUGCACGAAGGCAACGACUCGCGGGUGGACGGGAUGGUGAACUUUGAGAAGCUGCGAAUGAUCGCCAAGGAGGUCCGCCAGGUGGUGAGAAUGGCCUCCGUUGGAAUGGACGCUGCGGCCAUGUUCCGACACAGGCGUAAAAGGUGGCGCAGCCUUGGGUCCAUAAGCCAAGGGAGCUCCAACUCGGCCGUGUUCGACGCCAUCCAGGCGUCGGGCCACCGCAAGCGCGCACGCCGCAGCUCGCUCGUCAACCCGCGCAAGCUGUACGAGGAGGCGCAGAUGGGCCGCAGGGUGAAGCAGUACUUGGCGCAGGUGAACAGAGACGUGGACGAGGACAGCCUCAUGACGCGCUCCGUGGCGCUGGAGCCGGCCAGCGCGCCCCCAGCGGCGCCGCGCAUCCCCGGCGAGCGCAAGACGGCCAAGUCGGCUGAGAGCUCCCCCGUGGUGACGCGGGCCCCCAUCCUCAGGCAGGGGGCCUCCAGAUGGCCUCAUGGGACACCGGGCUCCACAGCGGUGGGGGCUGCCACCCAGGCCGCCCCCAUGUCCCUGCAGCCGCCCCGUAAGCGCUUCCCCGCUAACGCUUUGCUUCCUCUUGGAGCCACUUCACCGAACUCGUACCGCAAGCUUCUUGCCCUCUCGGAGAGCCACGCGGACAAGAAGAGCAGAUCAGGUGACGAGUCGGUCCCGACACCCCCCGCGUCUCCUAGGACUUCUCCACGACGAGGCUCUCAGAUGAAGCGCAAAAACUCUCAGCGAUCUAAUUCGGGAGGGUCAACUGCGUCCUCGGCCGUGGAAAACGCCAACAAGAACAACAACACUCCCAGGACAUACGGCAUUGGGUUCACGCUGGCGUCUCUCACGGACGUGCGCGCCACGUGCGAGUCUGGGUCGGAUGAGCGGGAGGCAGUGGAAGGCCCAGCGAGCGGAGGGCAGCACGAGACCUCCCCCCACGGCCCUGGGGAUGAGGUCGGCACCGAACGACCCCCCCCUGGCCUCCCCCCCACAAGCGACGACCCCGGAGCUCAGGACUCCGACCCGGGCUCCAAAGCGGACGCAGCCGCCGCCGCCGUGGACGACGACGCCGAGGGGGGCGGGCGGUCCCUGCUGCUGCCCCCGUACAGCCGCAACUCGCUCGAGACGUCGGACAGCGGACGGGACAGCUGGACGUCGUGCUCCAGCGGCUCGCAUGACAACUUCCAGGCGCUGACGAGCAGCCGCUCUUACUGGAGCGGCUCGGGCGGGCUGAGCACGGGCGACCUGGCCGCCGAGCUGGAGCAGUGCUGGGUCCUGCUGGGCGCCGGCCGCCUGGCGACGAACGCGAGCAAGCGCGCCGCCGCCGUCGGAGACGGCCCCGUCGUCGUCGACGACGACGGCGGCGUCGUCGUCCGUGGCGCGGUCCGCAGCUCCCCGUCGGUCCUUUCGUCGCUGUCGCCGUCCCGCGAGAGCUGGGCGUCGUCGACGGGCUCGCUGUCUCCGGAGGAGAACGAGGGCGACACGGGCACGAUAAAGCGGCGCAACGGCAAGGACUGCCUCCCCGACGCGGCGGGGCGGCGGGACGAGAAGCCGGCGCCGCCAGUGGGCGGCGCCGCGCUUGUUGCAGACGCGGCUCGCGCCGGAGGAGACGGGAGGGAGGAUUCGGCGGAGAAGACGCGGGAUGCCGAGGUGGUGGUGGCCGCUGCGGAGCCGGCCGGAGAAGGAGGUUUAGUAGUGUACUGCGUCACGCGAAAAACCGUGCCCUCCAGCGCGGGGAGUGGCGCAGGAGAUCCCCUGCAUGCCCUGGCCCCCCCGGAAGAGAGCUCCGCUCAUUCCGGCUCGUGCCCCGCGCACCUCCACCCCCCGCUGCAUGCGACCGCCUGCGAUAGUGGCCCCGAAGUGCAGCAGCAGCAGCGGCCGUGUUCCGCCACGCCGGCGAUCCGCCCGACGUGGAAUGUGCCCCAUGUGCUCGGCAGUCAGGCAGUGCAUGGACAGGGCUUGCUCAGUUCACCGGUUAAGCAGCAGCAGCAGCAGUAUGAGGACGAGAAAGACCAAGUAUCGACCGUGUAGGCGAGAGACGUUUGCGGGUGGGGGAGCAUUUGGAGGACAGUGGCACACGCGUGCACGCACGUGAAUAAGCGAAUACCCCCUCUCUCUCGAAACUAUGACCCCACGGAACACAACGUUGGGCCUGCAAUUGUGUUUACGAGCCGGAAGGUCUUGCAAAGGGUGGGCGCGAUGAUCUCUCGCGUUCGGCUUUGGUGGAAAGAAGAAGUCCACCCGCUUGACCAGCCGAAAUUCACACCCGCCUACGGCUCGUGACGGCAUAUGGAAGUGAUGUUGCCGAGUGAAACAAGGAGUUGGGGGGGGGCUCCCUGAGAGAUCGAAGUUUCUGGACAAAGCCUGCUCAAGGAGUUUUUUUUUUCCGGUUGGGGGUGGAAAAGUUCCGGUCCUGUUGUCCGAGGCUGGUACCACGUAAAGCAACAUCCGGGACGAUGACGGCAUGAUUGUGGUGGUACAAAAAAUAAAAAAACGUUGCAAACGAGUAUUUUGCUUUAUUUAAUGUCCAACCUGAGCAAGGUGGUGCAACCUUUGGGGGGAGCUGGCGAAGGGUUUUGAAGAGACGAAUGGAUAAAGGUCAAAAAAAGGGGCUGGUCUGUGAAAAUAAUCCAUCUUGUCAUCUGCACUGCACUUUGUAUGGCCUGGUUGGCUCCAUAAAGGCCAAAUUUUACAGCUAUUCUUGCGAUUUACUGGAUAGUCCUAGUUUUUCUAUUAAUUUAUGCUUGUGACUCGUGUAACGUAUUAAUGUUGAGUUGCUUGAAAGCAAAUUGAGUUUACGUAUCAAAGUUCUGCAGGGUAUGAAGGACGUGUUAGAGUCUUUGUAAAACGAAAUUUGACAUAGUGUUUAUUUGUUAUAUACUUUUUUUUUUCCCAACACCCUAGAGAAGAAAGGUCAGUGAAGCUAAGAAUCUGGAUUCUGAUUGAUUGAUUGAGCCAAACAACGAGAAGCAUUUCAGCGAUGUGGCAGUUAUUGUUCAAAUGCAAUAUUUGAACUGUGAUAUGGGCUGACAUUUUUAAAUACACCUGCAAUCAAUGAGUAAUUGUGGUGGCAUGUUCAUCGUGUGCUCUGAAUGUGAACGCUGAAUAAUUCAAUUUUAGAGCAAUGAAAACCCGUGUGUUAUAAGCGAAUGACGAAUAUGGGCUACAAGCCACUGGAACGUUACAGAGUAAUAGUUUGCCUUUGGUAAACAUGAAAUAUUAAGAGACAAAUCCAAACUUGAGUUCCUGUAUUCUCAUUUAAUCCCCAGUCGUGCUACAGCACGAUCCAAUUUGGAUUUACACGAGCGUCGAAAUCCACUGAAUCUCAAGACGCCGUACGGAAAGUUCGGAAGCAGUGGGCUUAUUUGUUUAACAGAGAGAAGGAGAGGCAGUCAGUCAUAGAAAUGAGGAAAGUCCUGAGGUUUCACUGGAGCAGGGGCAGUGAGUCUCCAGCGCAGUUGAAGGGGGAGGAAGAAAGUUUUAGACUGUGGGGUCCAGCAGAGGAGAAUUAGUGACCUCCAACUCGGUGAGGGCCGGCUGGGUGGGCUUUGAUAGAAAGACCUCGGCUGCUGGAGGCAGAGAGGGUGCGUGGGGGAGAGCCCCGAGGGAGAUGAGAGGGGAGAGGCGGGUAGGAGCAAGUCCAUGGAGAAUCUUGAAGACGUUGAGCACCAUCUUGACGUGACUUUAAUAAUACUGCCAAUACCAAGCGCAGAGAUACAUAUCUCGCGAUAUUUUUUGCGCUGAAAUUACGACAUUGUCACGACAAAGCAAACCGUUUUAUUUGUUUAGACAUUAACUGCAAUAAGCCUCUGAUAAUAUAUUCGCCCUUGAACGCGCACAAGGCUAUGAAAGAGGAAUCUUUAAGAAAUUAUUGCAUACAAAUUACAACAGUUCACAUCCACGAUAUGGUCCGCGUAGCGUUGAAAGAGAAUGCGUGAAACUGUGGUGGACAUAAACGCUGUCCGCCUUUUUUGCCACACGGCAUGCACUGCCCAUGUAAGAGCCCCAUUCUUUCAGAAACAACCCGGAAUGUUUACUUUUUUACUCAUUGAUCUGGAAACGCAGAAAAGGUGGUUCAGUCUUGCUUGAGUUGAAUAUGAAUCUACUGUAUUAUUAUUAUCUGGUAAUGUAUCACUCACGGAUAAUUAGUGAUUGGUUAUUUAUCAUUAUAAGCAGUGCAAUUGACCACACAUAGUGUUUUAUUAUGAUUUUGUAUUCUUUUUUUCGUGCUAUAAACUAACUUUGAAGGAGAAAUGCUGCAAUUUUUGCGAAGGAAAUGCUAAGAAUCCAGGUUCGUAGUUUUACUACCCACAGUGAGCUUGACCGUUCACUCGUUUACGGGCAUCUCUGUACGUUUAAACUUGUGAAAACUAUUGUUUGUUGAUUUUUACGUGUGUGUGUGUGUGCGCGCGUGUUUGUGUAUACGUCCGCGUGUUUGUGUGCACCCAACAUGUGGCAAGACGGGAAAACAGUGUUACUACGUCCGUGACAUUUUGUAAGCUAGUAGAGAAAUGUGCAAGGCUUGGUGGGUAAUCCUGGAGGUGGCUGUGCACGUAGCGAGGCUGUGCAUCGGGGUGUCCCUCCACCAGAAAUUGAUUAAAUAUUUAUGAUAUCGCAGACUGACUGCUAACACUGGUUAUAUUAUCCUGUACAGAACAGUACUAUACAUACUGGAAGAUAAAAAAAAAGAGUUUGAAUUUGAUACCUCUUAGCAUGCACUCAAAUAUGACAUUCCUGAAAAGUCUGACAGUUGUUUCUUUUUAAAGUUAUAAAUUAAUUUGUUCUAUAUUUAAAAGAACGACGAAAGAAUUUGAGCCGGUCGUUAUAUAUAUAUCUCUCUAUAUGUAUAUUUGACCGGAAACAUUAUUCUGAUUCUGAGUGCACAGUUCUAACAGUGGGUUUUAUUGUGCCAUUCAUAAUUGCUCCUUUGCUGCAUGUGCAUAAAAUGUGAGUUGAUAUAUUUUGCAAUUUUUUUUUUACAAAGGUGAGGUGUGGGGGGGGGGGAGGUAAAAUUCAAUAUUUUUAAACAGUUGUGUAGCCUGCACUAGCGCAGCUUGCUAAAUGUUACAGUAAAUAUCCAAUGUAUGCAUUGUUGUGAAAGAAAAUUUGGUUACAAAAAAAGUUGCAUUUAACGUGUCAUUCAAAAACACUUUAAAAGAAGUACAAGAACCUCAUCCAUAUGAAUGAGUUUAGGUGGUUUGGCACAAAUUGUCUUUGUUUAAGAAGAAAUCGCAAGAUCAUUCACGCCGUUGCCUUAAUUUCAAGUUCCAAAUAUAUCUCUCUUACGUGGAAUUACUUAAACAUUGGUCUAAGCUUCGGGGAAAUUGAAACUUAAAUCAGAGUUGAGAACAAGUAGGCUGAGGCAGUUGUGAUAGGCCUCGCAUAAUCAUUAUUUCAUGUUGUACUUGGGUUGGUGGACCACGUAACUAUGGGUGUACAGAACAAAUCAUAUUAGUGCAUGCGCGUUAAUGCAACGUACUCAUGAUAAGUGCUCGUGCCACCAUCGCUGAACUAUUAUUGCGUGGUUAUUUUGACCCAUUAAAACGAUCCAUUACGUAAAUGAAAUAAAAAUGUUAAAGAUUAAAUCUAAAAAAAUGACAAUAACAUAAUCUUGAAGUUUGUUCUUUUUUCAUUUAUUUACUCUUGAAGGGGCACUUAAGGUUGGAUGUUAAGCAAGCUAGAGAUUGAAAGGGAGUAAUUGCAACUCCAGUGGUGCAUAUUUGUAGAAUGUCAAAUACGGUAGUGCUGUUGUGUUAAUAGGGAUAGCUAAUGUUGCAUUGAAUUGAAACACUUGUAUACAAGUGUAUUUGGUUACAAUUAUUCCCAGCAGGACUGUAUUUGCAACAGUAAUGAGGUUUAAUUCUGGCAAAUCACACCUCUGAAAAAAUUAACCCGUAAAAACAAAGUUUUUCACUAUAAAUCCUUUAUAUGUGUGUUCAAUGGGCCACAACCCAGCCCACAUUGGUCUUUGAAACGGGCGGCUAGAGUCCUCUCGUCCUCUGGCUUGAGAUAGCUGCCACCUAUGGGUCAGAUGAUUGCCUGCCACCAUUAAGCAAUUGGUAAUUAAAUAUUAAAAAAAUCCUAAAAAGUGGACAAUUUUGGAAAAAAAAUUUCACGAAAAUACAUUGUCACGCACAACGAGUCUGUGUGCAAAAUGUCAGCUCGAUUGGAUCACGGGAAGUGGGUUAAAAAACGACCGAAAGAUUUGCACGGUCGUAAGCGCGCAAGCAAGCAAGCAAGUGAACUUAAUAUAAAGGAUUAAAAAAUUGCCUGAUGAAGCUGGUUGUAAGCACCAGCGAAACGUCGUACUCAAAUUGUAAAUGUUGUGGGCUUACUUUCCAACACACCGCUGUGCUGAAGUAGUAACUGAUUGGCACGUUUUGUUAACGUGACAAACGCGAUCUAACCCAAAAUAACCUUGAUUAUGAGUAAUGAGAGGGGCAUUGUUAUUGAUGGGAUUGUUCUCAAAUCAAUUAAAUAAGUGAAAAAAAUGUUUUGUUCCCAUUGUUUAGACGCUGUGUUUGAUUGGUUUGAAAAUGGCACGCGCUCACUAAUACAUUAUUCAUGUGAUUGGCUCUGUGCAUUCUAUAAUCAAGUAAAACAAGGUCGCCUUGUGAAAUGAUGAAAACGUUUAUGAAUGUCAUAAAUUCCUGUUUAGAAAAAAAAAUCUGUAAUUACGAAGACACAAAUGUGAUUUUUCUUUGUUAAGUUUUUACUUAAAUAGUACAUAUAUGUUUUAAUUUAAUGAGAAAAAAAAAUAUGAAAUGCUGCAAUAAUUUAAGUAAUUGUAUGUAAAUACAUCAGGUCCAUUAAUUUUCCACAUUUUUAAAAUGUGUCCUAUUACUGUCCUUGUGUCCUGCUUUAUGUCAUGCAGUGAAGGAGUUUCUGUGAUUUAAUAAAUUGACUUGCAAAUAACUAUUUUGGAAGGAAAGACUAAGUUAAGAAGCAAACGUUUUUAUAACAUUAUUCUUUAAUUUAAAUUGUGUUAUCAUUUGAAUGUACAAAGUAAACAUAGAAGUUGUCAAUUUUAUUAACAUCUAUAUAUAUAAAAUCGUUCAUGUCUGUGUGUCUGUGUGUGUGUGGACUGCACUUUCAUUGGACGGCGGUUGCCCCUGGCAACGGCUAGCCACGCCUUCGCCGCUUUCAUUGGACGGCGGUUGCCCCUGGCAACGAGUAGCAACUUUUCUCCGCGGGGUGGACGCCAUUUUUAAUAGCGCGGGGGGGGGGGGGGACCGGCACCCGUACCCAGCGUUCGCCGGGUGGGAAAAUCAGGCAAGGCGGGAGGCUCUGCACGGUGCUAGGCCUCGACACCCAACACGCCACUCUGAGGUAAAUUCAUACAAAUUUCACGUCCUCUACAGAGUGGCGAGGGAGGCAGAGUGGCGAGGGAGGCAGAGUGGCGAGGGAGGCAGAGUGGCGAGGGAGGGACUCAGCCUCAAAACGAGUAACUGGUGUGGCGUAUUAACAUCGCCACUGGGGAGACAAAGGCGGCCGGGCGUGGUGGAUACAAGUCCCGGGCAAAGCCGGGUCAUGACUAUGUGUGUAUGUGUUUAUGUGUAUGUCUGUGUGUCUGUAUGUAUGUGUGUAUGUAUGUGUCUGUAUGUGUUUGUGUGUAUGUAUGUGUGUGUCUGUAUGUAUGUGUGUGUGUAUUGUGUAAGUGUUUUUGUGUAUGUAUGUGUGUGUUUGUAUGUAUGUGUAUGUUUGUGUGUAUGCAUGUGUGUGUAUGUGUUUGUGUGUAUGUGCGGUUAUGUAUGUGUGUGUAUGUGUGUGUCUGCAGCAAGCGCGUGUAUGUGUACCUAUGGACGCGCGCGCGUGUGUUGUGUAGGGAGAACGGUAGUGUAGUGCUUAGCGUACUGCCUGUGUCUAUGUGUGUGUGUGUGUCUGUGUGUGUGUGUCUGUGUGUGUGUGUCUGUGUGUGUGUGUGUCUGUGUGUGUGUGUCUGUGUGUGUGUGUCUGUGUGUGUGUGUCUGUGUGUGUGUGUGUGUCUGUGUGUGUGUGUCUGUGUGUGUGUGUGUCUGUGUGUGUGUCUGUGUGUGUGCGUGCGUGGUGUGUAGGAGGAACGGUAGUGUAGUGCUUAGCGUGCUG